AAGAUCAAACACCAGGUUAGACCUUCCAAUACUUCCAGAGAAGGACGUUAGAUCGUUUGGAAUUGGUAUUGAUUUGCAUGUGUUGCUCAGUGAGGGUUUUAGCCUCGGGAUGCCGUGAGAAAGUGCAGCCAUUUGACUUCAUAGCGUUGUGCUGUUUCGUGCCAUGUCGGACUUGGAUAAGUCAGCCACAACCUUGGUUGUGAGGAGCACUUGCAAGUUGACAUACGAGGGAAUCCUGAUGAUGCUCAACAAGAUUUGUGAGGGUACCGCCUACGACUACGUCUACUUGCCCUGGCACAAGCUUGCAGUGGUGAACUUCACAAGUCCGGAGGCUUGUCAAGCAGCACAUCGGACCUUGACCCGUUUGUCGACGAUGGACACAUCAGGCGUUCGCUAUGUGAAGCAGGCAGUAGUUCAAGGUUUGGCCGAAAAUCUGGCAAUCUUUUUGGCAAAGUCCGGCUAUGACGCGAUCUUUGAUCCAGGCGCUCCUCGUGUAUUUGUGCUGGGAACCAGCUUUCCGCUGAGCUCUGCAGUCAACGUCUACACCUCUUUGCUCUGGACAAGCUCUGAGAGCAAAACCAUCGUCGUCCUUUGACACCUUGAUGCAAACUGCACAAACUAUGACUAACUGUCUAACUCGCUGAAGUAGUGGGUUUCAGGCAGAGCCUCUUGGUGAACAGGUGAAAACCCAACGCACGUGAAAGAGAGGGAUACCUCGAAGCAAAACGGCAGAAGUUCAGAAGUGGUGAAAGCUGGGAGGUUUCUUUGCACUGGAGACCCAGUAAUGGCACCGUGGGUCUAUCCAUUCAGUGUGGACACUGUCCUUUUGCAACGGAUAACAAAAAUCCGCACAUUGUUUCAACAGCCUAUGAGCUUGGAUUUUUGUCUCUUUGGAGUGUUUGUUUCGCUAAUCCCCUUCACCAAACCCGCGAAUCGUUUUUGCUGGUUGGUGGAGGCAACCAAAAACACUGGACAGGCUGGACCAACAUUUGUCAAUGGACUUGGCAGUGAGGCACGAAAGGAAAAAACCAAAAGGCCUCCUUUUCAUGGUCCAGCCGGAUCCAGUUCCGAUUUCAAGUGAAGCUGAGCGUUCUGCUCGCUCGCGGAUCUGCGAACGAGGCCUGAAGGCCAAAGGGUGGCCGCCCUACUAAGGCCACUCCAAAGUGUGAAAAUCUGAGCAGUUUGAGAGAAAUCUUGGUUUACCAGUAUCAUUUUAAAGAAGCUAGUAACAUGGCGUCGUCGCAUCACAAGACAUCCCGAUCUUCCAUUGAAGCACUCGUGUUACUCUCAAAGGCUGAAAUUGAAUCUACGAAAUAUCGUUUCAAAAGAAUUCGUGCACGAACGAUUUCAGGCAAAACUUU